GAUUCUGAAAGCAGAGAGAAUGACAGAAAAUGUGAAAGAAGGCGCGCCACAGAGGGCCGAGCGGGACGUGCGUGCAGAGAGGAGCAAUGCCCUAGAUCUGUAGCACAGCUUCUGAGCUGUUCUGUCACCCAAGCUCCUUUUUUAAUGCAGCUCUGCGUCCCGCACCUGGGAAACAAAGAGAAGACGAAACGGCUCCAUGCGUAAAAGGAAAGACGUGUGUGCGUUUUCGUCCUAUGCGUUUCCCAACAUUUUGCACCGAACAUUAUGAAUGUUUUCCCACACUUAACUCAAGCCCUGGCCUCCCCCUGACCACACCUGUAUAGAUGCUUUAUAGACUUCCUCAUACUUCAUAUCGGACCAUGAGUGAUGGCGAUGUCUGCAGAGGCUUGCAGUACCACCGGUACGCAGAGCGGCACUCGUAAGAAAGGCUUCGGCGCACCGGAUCGCAAUGGGUAUGUGAAAACACGCGUCACCCCGCGGUGCAGAGACCCGGACUGUGAAGCGUGGCUCAGGCUGAUGUUUAACAAACUCUGGAGUUCCCAGAGGGUCCGGAGGGCUGCGUGCGUUGGCUCGCUCUCCGUCUUCCUCGCCGCUCUGGUCAAAUGCGCAGGCUGGACAGCUGAGGCCAGCAGCAGCAGCGCUGACAACACACUCUCGCCCUCACCGUCCCCCCUCCACUUUGUUUCAGACUGCGCAGCCGAGCUGUUGCAAACUUGCUGGAGUGCGCUGUCGUUGCUGUUUGCGCUCGUCUGUGCCUUCUUCUGGGUCGGCGUGUACUUGAUCCACUGCGGGGUGCUGAUCGAGACCCUUCUCUCCCUGCUGACCUUGUGUCACCUGGGCGAAGUGGCGGCGUGGUCUCUUCUGGACGGGACAGAUGAGCAGCCGUUCUUGUCCGCCACAGCGGCCGGGGUUGUGCUCCUUUGCGCGGUCGCGGGAGUACUCAUGGUAGUUCGGUUGAACCAGGGCACAUCGGUGAUCGUUCUCAUCAGCGUGGCCAGGACUAUCUCGCUCCUGUCGCUGCACAAAGUGCGAGCCGCCUGGAGACCGUACGUGGCGUACCUGGUCGGAGUGCUGGGCAUCCUGCUGGCGAGGUAUGCUGACAGGCUCCUGCCUAAACAAGGGACACACAAGGAGGGCUGCACCCCCGUGACUGGAGCCAGGGAAGAGAUUCCUGUAUUUAAAAGGCGCAGGAGGUCCAGUUCAGUUAUAGCCUCAGACAUGGCACACAGUCAGACCAACAGUAAGUCACACCGACGGACCUCUCUGCCAUGCAUCCAGAGGGACCAGAUGCUUUCUCGUUCAGAAUGGGACCACAAGAGAGGCUCCCGAGGAUCACAGUCCUCCGGCACGACUGUGAUGGUGGACAUAGCGGUGAUGGGAGAGGCCCACGGACUGAUCACAGACCUCCUGGCCGACCCCUCUCUGCCGUCCCACACCUGCACGUCGCUGCGAGCCGUCAGCAGCCUCCUAACCACCCAGCUCACCUUCCAGCCGCUUCACCGGCCGCGCCCCGCCCCCCUGCUCAACCCCUGCGACGCCUACACCUGUUCUGACUCAGAGGAGGGACCCGAGAAAGGGGAGAAGACGUCGAUACACAAGCGUCUCAGGCGGAGUCUCCACCCUGGUCUUCUGAGGAGGAUUUCUUCCACAUGGACGACCACCACCUCAGCCACAGGACUGCCCACCAUCGAGCCUGGGCCUGUUCGAAGGGACCGCAGCUCCAGCAUCAAACCGUACCAUGAAACACUCACAUGCAGAUAUAACAGGAUGUUACAUCACUUUCGUCUCGCCAGUCCGGAGAAUGUCUUCCUCAAAGGUCAAAGAUCAAUUCGUUGUGGGAGGCCGUACAUCAGACUGACCCACGGAGAGGGCUCUAUAGAUAAGGGAGACAGGAUACCACGAACAGAGGACCCUGUAGUUGUGUCAUCAGACUACGACAGCACCCAUGAAGCCAACCACAGUGACAGCAGUGAUGUAGCACAAACAGAGGAGGACACAGAAAAGGGGAAAAAACCCUCCCAGAAUGUCAUCCUCCAUGCACUAAUACCUCCUGAGGACAAACCCAUUCUGGCACAAGAGCCGUUAGUAAUGGAAGAUGUGGAGCCUUUAAUGAGCCAAUUAAAUAAUUGGAACUUUCCUAUUUUCACUCUAAUGGAGAAGACUAAUGGAAAAUGUGGGAGGAUCCUUAGUCAGGUGUCCUACAGGCUCUUUGAGGACACUGGCCUGUUCGAGACCUUUAAGAUCCCCGUUAAAGAGUUCAUGAACUACUUCCAUGCUCUCGAGAGCGGCUACAGAGACAUACCAUAUCACAACAGGAUCCACGCCACAGAUGUGCUUCAUGCGGUUUGGUACCUCACCACGCAGCCUGUGCCUGGUCUACCCAGCCUCAUUAAUGAUCACAGCUCGGCCAGUGACUCGGACUCUGACAGUGGGAUAACACACAGUCACAUGGGCUUCCUGGUUUCAAAGACCUACACUGUGUCAGAAGAUGGAUAUGGCUGUCUGUCUGGCCUCAUACCCGCUCUGGAGCUGAUGGCACUUUACGUAGCUGCUGCAAUGCAUGACUACGAUCAUCCUGGCAGAACCAAUGCUUUCCUCGUGGCCACCAGCGCCCCUCAGGCAGUGCUCUACAACGAUCGCUCGGUCCUGGAAAAUCACCACGCCGCCUCUGCCUGGAACCUCUUCAUGUCACACCCAGACUACAACUUCCUGGUCAACCUGGACCACGUGGAGUUCAAACGCUUCAGGUUCCUGGUCAUCGAGGCCAUCCUGGCAACCGACCUCAAGAAGCACUUUGACUUCCUGGCUGAGUUCAAUGCCAAGGUGGGAGACGAUCCGUCAACGGGUAUUGACUGGUCUAAUGAGAAUGACAGGUUACUGGUGUGCCAGAUGUGCAUUAAGCUGGCAGACAUCAACGGGCCUUUAAAGUGCAAGGAUCUGCACCUGCAGUGGACCGAGGGCAUCGUCAACGAGUUCUAUGAACAGGGCGAUGAGGAGUCCAGCCUGGGGCUUCCUGUCAGCCCCUUCAUGGAUCGAGCAGCACCGCAGCUGGCCAAGCUUCAGGAAUCGUUCAUCACGCACAUCGUCGGACCGCUCUGUAACUCCUACGACUCGGCUGGCCUCAUACCUGGACGGUGGGUGGAGCCAGAGCCUGAGGAGGAGGAGCCAGAGAUCGCUGAAAGCGAAGAGGCAGAUGAAGACGGGUCCACCUGCUCUGAUGCAUCGCAAAAAGCAGCUCCCAAGAAAAGGAGGAAAGUAUUUUGCCAGAUCACACAGCACCUGCUGGAAAAUCACAAGAUGUGGAAGAAAGUGAUAGAAGACGAAUCCCAGAAUGAGGAGCAAGGAACAGAGUCCGCCCUUUUAAACAAAGUCGCUGAGCCGAUUCUGGCUAUUGACGAAGAAGAGGAGGAAUCGGGCAGCAGGGAAGAGCCGGUGGAAGGAGAGCAUUGUGAGGAGGAGACAGAGAAAGCAGAGUGGUCCGUCUCUGACAGGGACGACUCUCAGACUCCAGAGGAGGGAGGGGACAGCGAACCACAGUGAAACCUCUAAACUCCAGACACCCUCAGAUAGAGACGCAGCAUCAGUCAGGAUAAGGAUGUAAAGAAAUUUUCCUUUUGACCUUAUCCUACUGACUCCUGUUUCUGCCAGCACAUUACUUAGACACAACACUGUAGAUGUUUGGGAAACGCGUGCCUACACAGAAAAAAAAAAAAAAAGAAACUAAACAAAACAAAAAAAAAAACAGGGUGGGAAAUCUUGUGCUUUACAUAUUUAAUCUGAAUAUGUGGUUUUACCAAACAUUUAUAUGGGUUUUUCUUUUCCCACAUUGCAAUAAUGCAUUAUUCAUGGACUUUGGGAUACAGACUAUUUUGGUACUGUCAGGAGUUGAAGACAAGCAGUUGCAUAAGUUUUAACGAAGUGUGGUAACACAGGACUGCAGAAAUUUGCUGCCAAUUUAUGCAGAAUUAUUUCCCGAAUGUGAUUAUAUAUAAACAUCAUCAUCACAUGCUUGUGUUUUGAUUGUAGCUCAUCAUUUUCGGUUUAAACUGUGUGAGUUUAUGUUUUGUUUUUUGUUUUUUGUUUUUUUAUCCACACAUGGAUUGUAAAGGGACUGAUUUACACGAGGAAUAAUCUUCUUCCUUUCAACUCUUGACAGAAAUAAUCCCUCGCUUGUGGGUUUUAGCAUCCGAAGUCAAAUAUCUAUAAAUAUUAUGUUUGAUGUUUAUUGCCAAAUGAGGUACUUAAUGCCGUCAUGUAGAGAUACGUCUCAGAAAUGCAGAGACAGCUCUGAACAGUCUCUAUGCGUCUGCAUUUGUGCGUUCCUCAGCUUUUACUCUGAUGUACACAUUUGUUCUCCAGACGGCAGAGGAGAGAAAAAGUCAGAUUUUUCCAUUUUUAAACUAAAGUAAACCUGAUGUCAGAGACACAACUGUUUUACAGCAUUGCCUGUCAAGAGUAUUCAUAAGCCUUUAUCUGUUUCCUACCACAAUGACAAACUCGCUUCGGUCAGACCAAAGUUAAACUUUAAUUAAACAUGGAAAACACUAUUUGUGAGAGAAAAAAGUAAUGCUGCAGUGCCGGCCUGAAUCCCAUCCACACAGUGCGACAAAUAAUGGUGGCAGCAUCAUGCUGUGAGCCAUUUUAUUCCUCCAUUGGUUAAGGAAUUCAUGAAAACAUGGAUACAAAAGCAGCAUUCUUGAGGCUGGGACUAAACUGUUAUAGUCUAGCCAGAGCCAGACUGAAAUGGUUUAACUCAAACACAUCCGAACCAAAAAUCCAAAGAGAAUAUUUGAUAAGACUCAAACAUUGGUAUUCAUAGAUGUUCUUUAACCUGUCUGCUGGAGAAAGAGGAAUUGGAAAAAGGAGAUUCUACAAAACAUGGAUUGGGAUUCAAUGCAAGUUAACACCACAUUUUUCUCAUUUUUAAUUAUUUAAAAAAAAGAAA